AUGCAGGUGACGUUCUGCAGACUUCGUUUCAUUUUGUUUAAUGUCAUAGUAUUUCACGCCUUGCUCUUUGGAGCUAACUUUGUGGAAGAAUACUUUUUACAUUCUUUGCCUCAUGUCGAUAUGAAAAUUCUUGAAAUUAAGAACAAGGCAAGAAAACCCAACAUGGGAUUCAUAAGAAGCGUGCGCCACCACCGCCCGGCCACGGACUAUGUUUUGAGCCAGCUGGAGGCAUGUAAUGGGAAGCCAUCUUUCGCUCUUUCUAUCUUCAGUAGCCCAGGGAGUGGAGCAAGAAGGGAGCGCAUCAGGAAAACCUGGGGUAGUGUGACCAGUGUCCAAGGCUACCCAGUCUUUACACUGUUUGCUCUGGUAACUACGCAGGAAGAGACAGACAUCGAGUCUCAGGAGAAUAACGACGUAACUGAAGGGAUCUUCUUGGACAGUUCUGAAAACCAGACCCUGAAGAGCAUCUUAAUGACGCAGUGAGCUGUCUUUUGUCCUAAUGCCCUCAUACUCAAAGCUGAUGAAAAGAUGUUUAUCCACCAACCAGGCUUGGUGGACUAUCUACUCAGUCUAAAAGAACAUCUAGAAGGUAUCUAUGUAGGAAGUGUUACUCACCAGGAUAAUCCUAACAGAGAUCCCCACCAAGAAUUUGUCCCUCUUGGUGAGUACCCUGGCUGCUGCAGUGGUGAGGCCUUUACAGUGCCCCAAGACAUGGCUCAGACAUGUGUGUGGGGUUUUUUUUGUUUUUUGUUUUUUUGUUUGUUUUGUUUUGUUUUGUUUUGUUUUAAGUCCGGUGGUCUUAUACCCAUCCAUAGCUAGAAGAGACACAUUGUAUAAAACAGAUGUUGCUACAAGUUCAAGUUCAUCUUUACAUCCUCAGAAGCUACAGAUGCUGAAACUUCCCUGGCAUGGAGAGAUAUGAAUGAUGGGAAAGCAUGUUCACUGUUUGAGACUUACUAUGGGCUCAUUUCCUGCAAACUUCUGACAUGCCUCAACGGCUUUAGCCGUUUUCACGUGGGGAUUGCACAAGGCAAUGCUGUGCACUUUGGCGGGUAG